AUGGCUGAAGACGACAAAGGUUCUUCGGCUUGGUACAAGGUGCCAACGUGGGACGGAAACCCCACAGGAUUCCGCCAGUUCAAGAAAGAGAUGGAAUGGUGGAUUGCAUCAUUGGACCCAAUUUCCUGUGGAAAAUUCAACGUUGCUGCAAGGUGGACAUUGAGACAAACAGGAAUUGUCAGGGCCAGGUGCGAGGAGUUUCUUCCAUCAGAGCUUGAGGGGUCAAAAGAAGUGACAGCUAAAGACCCCGAUACUGGCGAUGACAUUGUUGUUGAGGAAGCCAACCCUUGGAAAGGGCUUCGAAAGUUGGUUGAUGCAUUGGAAGAGUCGAUGGGCAAAACGACCCUUGACCGCAAAGGUGAUCUUCGUCGACAAUUUUAUGUUGAGUUGAGGCGAUCACCUGGAGAGCGAAUCAGUGCAUUUUGUUCCAGGUUCAGGACAAUCACUUCGGAGCUCAAAAGGGAAGGCAUUAAUCUGCCUUCCGAUGAAUUGGGCUGGUUCCUGAGGAACAAGUUGGGAUUGGAUACGUUGAGAGUUCAGCUGUUGGACACUGCAUUGCGUGGCCGGGAAUCGUAUGAGGAAGUUGAGGGUGAAUGCUUGAGAUUGUUUCGUGACCUCCAUAGUGAGGACCCUCUUCAUCGCCAAAAGGCCACAGAGCGUGCACCGUUGUUGAACAGAUUCCUCAACCAGUCCCAAGGUUCAGCCUCCUCUUCCUAUAGAACCUCAUUGCCGUCGAGUGGAGGUUCGUCCUUUGGCAAUCGGUCGUUCAAGAAUUCCAGCUUUUCAGGUGGCUCACAAAGGAGUUUCAAACCCUCCCCAAAAGCUCCACCUCGAAGUGCCUUGGUGACUGAGGGCCCAGUUGAAGAGAUUGCCGAGGGCGAGGACGAUGAGGAAGAACUUGUUCCGGACAAUCCGGAUCAGAUCGGACCGGCAUUGGAGGAGGUGCUCACUGCCGAGGCGGAGGUCCUUGCCGCCGAGAUCCAAGCCUUGGAGGAGGAAGGACUUGAACCAGAUGUCCUAGAGGCCUUGGAAUCCGGCGUUGAGCAGGCAGCCGAGUCGUUGGUUACAAUGCGUGAGGCACGCCACAAGAUCGCAGAGAUCAAAAAGGAUCGAGGAUAUGGUAAACAGGGAUCCUCGUCCAUGCCGAACAAGCCCAAGUUGACGGGCAAUCAAGUGAAUGGCAAGAAAGCCAAAUCCACGUUGACCACCGAGAUGACGGUGGAUGCUGAAGGUGAUGACACCCCAGCCCACGAGGUGAUGACCACCUCCCGGGUUAGUCGACCGUCGACCUUGGUCGAAGCAUUGCAAGGGUCGCAUGAGGUUCAUGUUGGACAGUUAGCUUCGCUUUCUUUGGACAAACGUUUGAUGGGAGCAUUGGAUUCAGCUUGUAACCGGACAUGUUGUGGGUCGGCGUGGGUUGAGCAUUAUUUAGCAGCUUUGCAAUCGGCGCCUGAGGCUAUUCAACAGCUGGUCAGCCGAAGCCAGGAGCAGGAGACGUUCAAAUUCGGUGACGGUGGAACACAGAAGAGUUCAGUUCGGAUUCGCCUUCCCAUGGUUGUCGGCACGGACCUGGUUUUGACAUGGGUAUCCAUUAUUCCUGUGGGGAGUCUUGGAUUGUUGCUGGGACGUGACUGGUUGGAUGGAGUUGGAUGCGUUUUGAGCUUUUCGAAGAGAGUUAUGCGAGCAGAUCAUUUGAGUGGACAUCACAUCCCCUUGAAACAAUUAGCUGCAGGACAUUUUGCACUACGGCUCAUCCCCUCGGAGUGGCCGAUUCCAGGCAAGAUGCGUUGGCGAAGAGUUGGGCAGGAUGGUGUUGUCGCUUUGCAGAUUUCACAUUCAGAUUGGCUUCAACGGAAAUUGUUAGCAGUGCAAUCGUUGUCAACAAAUAGUCAUGAGCAUUUGUUGUCGGAACACAGCGUUUGCGCAGCAAAGCUUGUUGGAGUGAGUUUUGAUGAUGGAAGCUGUUUUGAUGAUUUGGCUCACAGCAUGGCUCAAACGCCAACAGCUACCCCGACAUCGACUACCUCGACUUCAAGUUCACCCAAUCGAGCCGCUGCUCUUGGGAUCCAUGGAGGAGGCACCCGAAGGCCGCUUCGCCUUCCAGUGGAGGAGAAUCAUCAUCCGUCUCCGUGCAAGACUCCUAUGGCACGUGCACGGCAUUUGCUUAUGGUUAUGUCGGCGGCCUUGGCUUCGAUUCACGCCAUUUCCAUACCCUUCCAUCAGCAGCAUCAUGCAGUGGCAGCUUCAAGCCCAGCAGAUGGUUUCCAACGGAGCCAUGCGUACACAGCUGGAAACUUGAAGGAAGCUAUGUGGCUCAGGGAUCGCCUUGGAUGGCAGACAUCCUUCGUGGAGGACCCGAUGCUGCAGGGUAUGUUGGCCGCAAGGUCUUCAAAAGGAGUGGCGAACAAGAUUCGUCAAGAAGCCGUGGCAGAAGCCAAAGCAUUGGCCAUCAAGGCCAAAGAGGAGGGCAAGGAGCUUCAAGCGGUGAGGGAACUCAUCGGUCCAAAAGGAGGUUUACCAGUUCUCAAAACCGACCUCCAGAAGCUGGCAUCAUUGCUUCACGUCUCGUUCAACGAGAAGACGACUGUCGAGCAGCUCAAAGCAGGCAUCAAGCCUGCGGUUCAAGCACUCAUGGCAAAAGCUCCAGCGUCAUCGAUGACCAGCAGUUCAAGUGGAGCAAGUUUUCAGGAGGAGCCUCCGAAGCCUUCCAAAGCUCCAUCCUUGGGAGCCCCGACCAUCGCAGCUCUGCCAGGACCUGCACCGUCGACGCCUUCGACUACCGUCGGGAACCUUGGGACAGGAGUCAAAAUGCAAGAUGUUCAAGAACUUCUUUCGCAACAAGAUCAAAAGUUCCAGGCAAUGCUGAAUCAGGUCAUGACUCACAUGAUGUCCUUGCAGGGGAGUCAAAUGCCGGUCGGGAUUCAGACUCAGGGCACCAUGCGCUACGACAUGACCGCCAAAGAUUCCGAGAUGGACGGCCACAUGACGCAUGGAUGGACUCAGCAGGAGAUUGCAGCCGCCCAAGAGGGAGGAUUCAUGACCCCCGAGGAAAUGCGGAGGUUGAAUUGGGAAGUACAGGGAGACCUGAGGUUGCUCGACAGGCCAAACUUCGAGGACACCGUGCUGCCACUUCCAUGCAUGGUGUGCUCCCGAGACCAUGCACACCAGCCGGUUAUUGGUGGCUCCAGAAUCACCAGUCGAGCAGGGCAUUAUCCGGUCGCUCUUGCAAAGGCCAUUGUCAGAGGUCUUGAGAAGCAGUUUCAUGUUGAUCAUGGCCGCUGUCGAGAGGUGCUUGCAGUUGAUGGGGCGGAGGAGGAACGGUCAGAUGAUGGAGGAGAUUCGGUGAUGGACCCCUUCAAUUCUGAGUCAGAGACUUCUUCCAUGGAUGAUGAAGGGUCACCAGAGACAAAGAUCCCUUCAGCCAUUCGCCUAGCUGUCAAGCGUCUGCAUGAGAACACUGGACACAGGUCGAACAGACGACUGGCCCGAGCCUUGGUGUUGUCAGGAGCUCCCAAGGAGGUGGCGUUGGCCGCCAAAUCCUUGAAGUGCAGCAUUUGCGAUGAAAAGAAACGCCCGAAGAGCAGGAGACCGACUUCUUUGCCCACACCAAAAGAUGUCUCCGACCAGGUUCACCUGGAUAUCUUUGAGAGCGUUGAUGUUUCAGAGCAGCGUUUCUACAUUGUGCAUUGUAUUGAUUGGACCAGUCGUUUUCAGAUGGCAGAAGUUCUGGAGACAAAAGACUCUGACAGCAUUGUCAACUGGUUCCAAGAGAGGUGGAUGAGCAUAUUUGGCCCACCACGGGUCAUUGUCGCUGACCAGGGACGCGAGUUCGUGUCCUGGGUUUUCCAAGAGAUGUGCGACCGCCAUUCGAUCCUUUUGCACCACAUCCCAGUGCAGGCACCAUGGUGCAAUGGUGUAUGUGAGAGAGGAGGUGGGAUACUGAAAGGUUUGCUGGAGUGUUGCGUCAAGAGUCGUUCAGUUGCAGGGCUUGCAGACAUGAAAGUUGCGUUGCAAGAGUGCGUGCUAGCAUACAAUGCAGAUAUCAACGAACUUGGUGUCAGCCCAGCACAAGCAGCGAUUGGUCGACAGCCACGGAUGAUUGGCGAUGUUCUUGGAAACUUUGGUCAGAGGUUGGCAGAGCAUGGUUUGAUAGAUGGCCGCCCUUCAUUGGCCAGACAAGUUGCCCUACGUGAGACAGCCCGCAUUGCCAUGACGCGACUCCAUUUUUCCAAAGGGAUUCGCAAGGCAGAAUUGGCAAGGUCUAGGAGCUCCACGAUGACACAACAGUUGGAGCCGGGUGACAUUGUGUAUUUUUGGAGGGAGUCCAAAUACAAUUCUCGCACUUCGCCUUCCAAGAAGCGGUUGUCAUUGAGGAGAUGGCAUGGGCCGGCUUUGUUGGUUGCGUUGGAAGGGCAUAACGCUGGAUAUGUGUCCUUCAAGGGACAGCUGUCGAAGUGUGCUCGUGAACACCUCCGGAGUGCAUCGUCGAUGGAACAGAUUUCAGCUGAUGUCUGGCAUGAUGCUAUACAAGAGUGUGUUGAGGCAGCAUUACAUGAUGUUCGCAGGCCACAGUCAGAGGCCGUUCGUGGUGCUCCCAUUACACCUGCAUUGCCAGAUGCCCGCGAGAGCUCAGAUGCCAUGCCAGCCAUUCCCGAAACGAAGCCUUUUCAUGAUUUGCCUCCCGUUGCACCAGCCGAGGUUAUUCAAGCCCUUGACGGCAAUCAGUUGGAUUUUGGAAGUGAGUUGCCAGCAUCCAGUCUGAGUCGAAGAGCAUCAGCUAUGUCCUCAGCUGCUCGAGCACAUUCAAGGCAAUCGAGUGGUGCAGCACCUGGCACACCCGUGCCUGCCUUGAUCACCGGUGCCAGUCAGGUUCCGGCUACCCCACCUUUGAGCAGUCGAAUGGAGGAGUCAGUUGAAGCGGCUCGAGAGCUUGAGGCCGUGGGCAAGAAACGUGCAGCUGAGUUGGAAGCAGAAACACUUCGAGAAGGUUCUGGCUUUGAGGCUCAUGUUGCCACCACAGUGCUCAAGAGCAUUUUGAAGACCAAGAAUGACUUAGUGUCACAGUAUGCCAAAGCUCACAAGAAUGACAGUCCCGUGGAGCCACAGUCACCACACUAUGUGGACACCCUGGAAGCUGACAUUCGUGAUGGGUUGAUGCACCCGUUGAAAGCCAUACAGCAGCAAGUCGACCGUGACAAGCAAAACCCAGAGCUGGUUGAGGUACAGGAUCAUGGGAACUGGUCAGGUCAGUGGCCUUUGCCGUCCAGGAGCUCUUGGAUGGCACAUGAAACGUGCUGCGUGCUUUGGCCUUCUGGUGGACACGAAGUCAAUGCAGCGAAAACCGCCAGACGUGAGGUCAAGUGGAGGAACAUUCCCCUUCACGAACGUGAUGCCUACCGCCAAGCUGCGGAGACAGGUUGGAAAGUGCAGACCGACAAUGGAGCAUUCGAGAUUUUGACAGAUGCUGAAGCUCAAAAGGUCAGAGCCCGGUUGAAGGCAGCAGGACAGAUGAACAAAAUCUUGACUCCCAGGUACAUCUACACCGACAAGAAUGAUGGGUUGAGGUUCGACAACGAGCUUCAAGCGGAAUGGAGAAUCCUGGAAGACAAGGUCAGGGACGGGAAGCUGGAUAAGAUAGGCCUAAGCCAUUUACUUUUGCGCUACGCCACAUCGAGCGAACAAGUGUUCCCCAACACCUUUGUCGGAAGCCAGGCUCCGAUGCUCAAAAGCGGGUACAUUCGCCGUGUAAUUAUCCUUUUGAACCCAAUGGCGAACUUUGGCUGGCUGGUUUUCUUGCUUGGUUCUUUGCAAGGCUCGAUCGCUGCACCCACCUCGGACGCGAAGGCUACGGCGGCCAAGCCAAAGCCGCAUAUCCUUUUCCUUCUCGCGGACGAUUUGGGUUGGGCCAACAUCGGCUUUCACAGAACCAGUGCUACAACUGAAGAUGAGAAGCAAGGGCAGCUAGAGGUGCAGACACCGACCAUCAAUCAGCUGGUGAGCGAAGGUGUCGUUUUGGAUCGCCACUACUCCUACCGUAUUUGUGGCCCUGCACGUUCGGCUUUGCUCUCGGGCCGCUUGGCACCACACGUCCUGGUGAAGAACGUGGCUGUGACGGCUUCCAAUCCGGAAGAUCCGGUGAGUGGUUUCGCAGGCAUCCCACGCAACAUGACCGGCAUGGGCGCGAAGGUGCGCGCGGGUGGCUACAAGACUCACUACACCGGAAAGUGGGAUGCUGGUAUGGCAACCCCGCAGCACACACCUUAUGGCCGUGGAUUUGAUAGCAGCUUCAUUUAUUACCAGCAUGCCAAUGAUUAUUGGAACAAGAAGACGGGAAUUCAGGCAACCGGUGAAAUCACGACAUGCCUCAAUGCAUUCUAUGACCUGAUGAUCGAGAAUCACACCUACCGAGGGCCAUACAAAGGAGCAGCGCUGACUGAUGCGUGCAAGGACAGCACUGAGCCAACACCCUACUGCUAUGAAGAAAAGAUGUUUGAAGAACAUUCGCUUCAGAUCAUUAACAACCAUAAUACCUCAGAUGUGGAGCACCCACUCUUCUUGUUCCAUGCGUUCCACCUGCUGCACACACCGUUGCAAGUGCCUAAGUACUACUAUGAACAGAUCGAGAAGGAUGUGAUUCAGCGCGGUGGAAAGGCAUUUGAUUCCCAGAAUCGCCGCAUGCUUAUGGCCAUGACCAAGUACAUGGACGACACGAUCAAGAACCUCACUGCAGCAUUCAAGGCCAAGGGCAUGUGGAACAAUACGUUGGUGGUCUUCACUACCGACAAUGGAGGCCCGAUCUAUGAGCCAGGGUCAGCCAACAACUACCCAUUGAGAGGUGGCAAAUACUCCGACUUCGAGGGAGGAGUGAGGACCACAACCUUCAUUUCUGGCGGAUAUAUCCCUGAGGCUCGACGAGGACAUGUGCACAACGGCAUUGUCUCCGUGGCUGAUUGGUACACCAUCUUCUCUGAGUUGGCGGGAGUGGAUCCCCGUGACACUCAAGCAGAGGAGGCCAAUAAGUGGCUGAAAGAGCAAGGUCUCAGCUUGUUGGCACCCGUGGAUGGAAAAGCUGGCCAACUCGACGCGACUCUCGGAGGAACCGCCGGACCCCGCGAUUCGGAGCCACUCUUCCUUUCUGGGAGUGCCCUUCUGGAGUACCCUUACAAGCUGGUGACCGGCAAGCAGCCUUACAUGGUUCACACCGGACCCUUGUACCCAAACUGCAGCACCAUCGGGUCAAUGCAGAAGGGCAAUGGGCCUGAUUUCAUCGACUUUUCCGUUCUGGAAGAGAAGAUUGACCUUGGGGACAGCCAUUACUGGUAUCCUCAGGUAAAGAAGGAGGAGAAGCCAGAAGAAAAGGUGAUGGGGACGGGGCGGCCCUGCCCUGUUGAGUUUGAAGAGUAUGAGAUUGACCGCAUUGUAUUUGGCACGGGGUUGGAUGACCCUGAUGGGAUGAUUGCAGGAGCCAAGGAGGACGACGUGGUCACAUGGUCGUGGGCGCACGAGAAGGUGGACAUGGUCGUCAACGGGGCUGGUUGGGCCUGGCAGGGUUUAUCAGAGGUGAACAGGCGACAAAGGGGGCCCUGCAGAGAGGUCGGGGCUAUGCGCUUGGGUCAGUGGGCCACAGGUCGAGAUGAGAAGGGUUCAAAUCGAUAG